AUGAUGGCUACCGAGAAGAUGGCUGGUGGCGAUGGCAUAACCACCACAGCGGCCGAGAGCAACGUCGACAUGAAGAAGCUAGACAUCAAAGACGAAGCCGGUGAGCUUGCCGCCAGGGCCCUAAUGAGCGGCGCCGUCGACGAGGAAUUAUCAGCCAAGGUCCGCCGGAAGCUCGACUGGCGGAUCCUGCCCUUCCUCUGCAUCACGUAUGCUCUGCAGUUCAUCGACAAGACAUCGCUGGGCUAUUCGUCAGUCUACGGUAUCAUUCCCGACAACAACCUGCAAGGUCAGGACUACGCCUGGACCAGCAGUAUUUUCUACUUCGGCUACCUUUUGGCGGAGUACCCAGGAGUCACGAUCAUACAACGAUUUCCCGUGGCCAAGUUCCUCGGUGUAAACAUUGUCCUUUGGGGCGGGGUCUUGAUGACCACGGCUGCUUGCUCGUCGUUUGCCGGACUUGCUACUGUGCGGUUCAUCUUGGGCAUGACGGAAGCGACUAUUUCACCUGGCUUCGUGGCCGUUACGGGAAUAUGGUGGUCAAGACAGGAGCAAGCUGGUCGAUCGGCUCUUUGGAUCUCUUUUCUGGGUGUCGGUAGUUUCGUCGGCACGCUCAUCUCUUAUGGCAUUGGCCAUAUAACGGGCGGUCUGUCUACUUGGAAGUACAUCUACCUCAUCCUAGGCUCAAUAACCAUGGCAUGGGGCGUCUUAUUCGCACUGUUCGUGCCCGACAGCCCCUCUCGCGUCAAGUGGCUGGACGAGGACGAGAAGGUCGUCGCCAUCCAGCGCGUGGUCGAGAACAAGACAGGCACCAAGUCACGCCGCUUCGUCAAGAGCCAGGUCGUCGAGGCAGUAACGGAUCCGAAGGUCAUCGUCCUCGGCCUAAUCUCGUUCGUCAACGCCCUCGCCUCUGGCGGCCUAUCUUUUGGUUCGCUGGUCAUUGCGGGAUUCGGGUUCUCGCCGCUUCAGACCACGUUGAUGAACCUGCCGCUCUCGGCUGUGCAGGUUGUUGCACAACUGGGCUCGGGUCCCCUGUUGGCGAAGGUCCCCAGCUCGCGUCUUCAUGUUGGUUCGUUGGCGAUGAUCCCGCCGAUUGUUGGGACUGUGUUGAUCAACCAACUUCCGGCAACUACCAAAUGGGGACGUUUAGUCGGAGUAUGGCUAUUGGGAUCCUACCCGGUCGGCUUCCUGGUAAUCCUCGGUCUCCUAUCAACGAACCUCGCCGGGAGCACCAAGCGCUCCGUCGCAUCAGGUUGGGUAUUCGUCUGCUACUGUGUGGGCCAGAUUGCCGGGCCGCAGUUCUUCAAGAGCACCCAGGCACCGGCCUACCACUCCGGUAUCGUGGCGAUGCUGUGCGGGUUCAUACUGAACUUUAUCCUUAACCAAGUGCUGCGAUUUCUAUAUGUCCUCGAGAACAAGAAACGAGAUAGGGCAUAUGAUGGCAAGUCUGAAGACGAACUGGUGGACAUCAAGAGGGAGAGUGAGCUGCAGGGCUUCGAGGAUGUGACGGAUAAGGACAAUGUCAUGUUUCGCUAUGUCUUAUAG